AUGGACCCUGUCCAGGAGCGCCGCCUGGUGUGGAAGUUCGAUCUCAGGAUUUUACCCGUCCUUGCAGUGAUGUAUCUAUUCAACAGUUUGGACAAAUCGAAUCUGGGGAACGCAAAGACCGCAGGACUGGAGAAAACCCUUCACCUGAAAGAUGGACAAUAUAAUCUCAUCCUGAGCAUAUUUUUCAUCCCCUAUGUCCUGACGGCACCGGUGCUCGGUAUCAUGGGAAAGAAGUACGGCCCGCACCGUGUUUUGCCGAUCAUGAUGUUCUGUUUCGGGACCAUCACCCUCCUUGUUGCAGCGGUUCAAAACUUCGGGGGCUUGAUGGCCCUUCGAUGGUUUCUCGGCAUGGCGGAAAGCGCAUUCUUUCCACUGGUGAUUUACUAUCUAACCACGUUCUACCGACGAGGCGAAUUAGCUCGCCGCCUUGCGAUCUUCUACGCCGCUCAAAGCAUUGCGUCCGCGUUCGGGGGUCUUCUCGCAUUCGGCGUCUUCCAAAUCAAGGGAGGGGCCUUGACGCCAUGGCGAUACCUAUUCCUCCUGGAAGGGACCUGCACGGUUCUGUUCUCAUUUUUUGCGUACUGGUAUCUCCCGCAAUCAGGCGUGGACGCCACGUUCUUGUCAGCGUCCGAGAAGCAGCUGGCAUUCCACCGGAUGCAGAUCGAUUCGUCCAGUACGGUCAAUGAGAAGUUCAAGCUUAAGGAGAGCUUCGCGAUCUUCAAGCACUGGACCAGUUGGGCCAUCAUUGCCAUUCAGAUCUGUCUGGGGGUUCCGCUUCAAGGAGUUCAGCUCUUCUUGCCCCAGAUCAUUGCCCGGCUCAAGUAUGAUACUGUGAAGACCAACCUCUAUACCGUCGCACCAAAUGUUUCAGGGGCAGUCGUGCUUCUCAUUUUGGCGUUUAUGAGCGACGCUACACGGUGGCGAUGGCCUUUCAUCACCGCAGGCUUCCUUUUCACCUUUAUCGGCUUCAUGAUAUAUGUUGCCAUUGAUGCCGAGAACCAGCUUCAGGUCGCCUACUUCGCUACAUUUAUGAUGACGUGGGGGACAUCGGCUCCCUCCGUUCUUCUCGACGUGUGGUAUAACAACAACAUCGCGCACGAGGGAAAGCGCGUGAUCCUGACCUCCAUCAGCGUGCCCACCGCGAACCUGAUGGGCGUCGUGGCGUCCAACAUCUUCCGCAACCAGGACGCGCCCAAGUAUCUCCCCGCUUUGGCGACGACGGCGGCGUUCGGCGCAACCGGAGCGCUGUUAACGACGUUGCUGGGUCUCUGGAUGAUGUUCGACAAUAAGAGGAGGAAUCGUGCGGCAGGGAAGAUAAUCCGUGUCCGGGACAUUCCAACGGAGCGGCUCCGAGAUGGACCAGACAAUCCCGAAUUCAGGUGGUUCUACUGA